AUGGCGGAGGUGACCUUCUGUGAAGAAUGCAACAACAUUUUAUAUGCACGGAGUGAUCGGAAAAACAAAAAGCUGCUCUACGUAUGCCGGAGUUGUGACUACAUUUCGCACAAGCCCAACGAGCAGCAAAACAUCGUCGCGAGGAUUAACUACAACUACAACAGGAAAGAGGACGUGUAUAUCCACCCCGAAACGAAGAACGACCCCGCCCUGGGACGCGUGCGUGAAUGGAUCUGUAAAAACUGCGGGAACAACGAAGCCGUCUUUUUGCAACUUCCAGAAAGAAUUGGUUCCAACCCCAUGGCACUCAUAUACGUGUGCACAGGAAAGAACUGCCACUAUUGGGAGAAGGAGAUCCAAGCCAACAAUGAUGAAGACGACACGUUACAAAAAAGUGCGCGAUCUUCGGUAACCUCCCACGUGGAUCAUCUGAACGCGUUUGUAAAACAGGAAGUAGGCGACACGCAAGGUAUUAUUCCUGGGCAGGGACAAAAACGAAGUCGAAAAAAACUGAGAAAAGUCGGUGGGGAUCAGGACGACAGUGAUGAACAAGGUGAGGAAGAUGAACACCACGGGGAUGACCUCGACAGCCGCGAGGAGAAGGAGGGAGACAAACUCAAGAAGGAGCUGCAGGAGUUAAUAAACGCCAAGGAGGAGGACCAGCUGCACCUACAGCCAGAGGACCAGCACAGCGAGCCGGUCGACUUUGUCGACGAGAAUGAAAGUGACGUCGAGGAUUACUUCUAA